UAACCUAGGAUUUCCACGACAAAAUACGAUCCCGGCAAAUUGAAAUUCAAAUGCUAAACUCGGGGAUCGUUCAUGAAACAGACUGAAAAUGUUCAUAUUCGAAAAGAUAGACACGGUUCCUUUCUGGAAAAAGAUCUACCAGACGGCUAGCGGGUACAGCCCCUCCGUUACCAGCGAUAUAGUCGAGGAAAUACUGAAGGUGUCCAGUACGGAACUGAAAGGGGCCUAUUCCAUCUACAAGAGCUACACGGAGGAAGGUUUUCAAAAAUGGGAGAAGGGUAUAACGGAAGAAGACACAGAUUUGAUCGUGUUCAUCAAACGACUGUGCAAAAGUCUGAAUUUGGAACCUAUGGUGGCUCUCCCGAUCUUUUUCAACUAUUUAAUGUUCGAGUACUAUGGAAAGAUCGACGACAUCAAGAAUCUUAUACUGUACGAGCACAGCGUUCUCAGUUUACUCGAGAAUAUAUGGCAUUUUUACACCUCCGAAAGAAUGUACUACGUUAAAACCUUAAAACACAUAUUCGAAAGCGCCUUGAACCGAAAGAGCCCUUUCAAAGACGAAUACGUCAAGUUUAUCGGCACCCUGAACAUAACAGAAUUCAGAAAAACACUCAUAACCCAACUGAAAUCGUUGAUAAACGAAAUUACAGAAGAAAGCUUGGAAAACAGUUUCGAUAAAAGCAUUUACGUCAAUAGGAAUAACAGAGAGCAACUUGAAUUCAUAUUAUUGAUCAUAAUGACUAUGGAAUACAAGGAAAUAUCAGUUGCUGAAUUCUCAGAUUUAUGUAACUGUUUUUUCUUACACAAUUUCACAAGACAACCAGUAUAUUUCGACACAACCCUGUACGGAGAUCCAGCAGAUUUUAACGAUGUGAAAACUGCUGAAAUUGGAAGUUUCAUCAUCAGUAUACACCAACUCUCAGAUAAAAUCAACGGAUUGUCCAAAGACAUCGAGAUGUCCCUUAAAAACAUACAGAACCAAGGCAACCAUAAGAUAGUACUUUUAUCCUGGGUUUUCGGUAAAUUGAAAGCAUUGAAGGAAGAAGACAUGGAAUCGGCGAACAUCUACGAAAAUCUCCUGAGAAUAUUGAUAGAAGGCCAGACUUUCAUGUCCAUCUACGAGUUUUUAUCGACGAAACUCAUGAGAUCAGAAGUGAGAUCCGCCAAACUGAUCCAAGCAGCCUUUUUCAAGCUGUUGGACGAACUGUUGGUGGCGAUGGAGAACAAAGAAAAUCUGGUGAAAAACGAAGGUCUUAUUUAUUCCCUGUGUAGGUUGAUGGAAGACCCAGACAUAGCCGCGGAAUGUACCACAGUCAAAGGUGGAUUAGACAUCGUAGUCAUGGCCCAGUUCAUCGAUUUUCCAUCCAGUUACAGACCCCUAACCAGGCUGUGCAAGGUGAUGGUGAAGCAUAGGGAUUUACAGGAGGUCGUGCUGGCCAAAUUGAACCGUUUACAUUUGGAACAUAGAGAAUCGUACAACGAUCACAAACCGCUGAACUAUUUCCAGUUUUUGUAUUCCAUGGUUAAGGAAAUAGGUGUGAAAGGUGGAGGAUUGAGUGAUGAGUUUUUAAAAGAUAUACUGAUGGGAUACGAACUGAUCCACGAAAUCGUGAAACAUUACAAAGGUGACGUUAAUGAGUGCGGUUUUCUGGACUGUCUGUCGGUGUUGGACAAACUGGUGGACGUUUACAGUUCCCAACAAGCCUACACCGGGUUCAUGAAGAUUUACUUCAAGAUACAGACGGCCAUGGUGCUGCAUCAAGGUUGCAAGGUGCAGGUACGGUUUCAAGGCUUCCGAACCACCAAACAGUUCCUACCCAAACUGCUGACCCAAGAACGUAUACCGGAGGCCUUGAUGCAACGUCACAUCAUCGAUUCGUCGCUGUUACCCAUCUUACGUAAGGAAGAGUACGAGGAAGAUCAUUCCACCAUCGAAACUUACCUCCGGCUCAUACUGCAUUGCGUUAGGGAGAACCUGGACUUGGAGACAGUUCAGAUUCCUGGUGUCGUCUACAUGACCACCUUCAUCUUUCCCUUCCACAAGAACUGGCAGUACGGUGACCCUCAGGAACAUGUGGAGAUCUCGGUGUUGUGUCUGAGGAUAAUAUUGGAGGUUUUGAACAGGAGGAAGGUGCAGGAUGAGGACGUUUUGAAGCGGUUCGUGUUUUACUCCUUGCUCAAGUGUCCGCCGAUGAUGACGGUGUUUUUACAGUAUUUAGUGCAGGAGAAGUUCCAUUUACAAAGGGUCAUGAUGAACGAGGUGGAUUGGAUCAACGGUAAAACGCUGGAUAACAUCACCUUGUCCAAACUCCACCUGAGCAUCUUCCUACGGUUGUUGAGCGAGUGUAACUUGAAGCCCAGCGAUCCGGUUUUGAGACCAAACAUCCAGACUGUCACCAAAUGCGCUGCCUCUUUCAUAACCAACGCUUUCAGUUCCUCCCUGGCCAAUUUGGCCUGUCGUCUGUUGGAAAAGUUAAGCAGGGAUCCCGACAUCCCUAUCCUGGCAGUACUCGAGAUGGAUUACACCCAAAUCCAGUGUCUGUUCCUGGAGAAGCUUAGGGACCCAUUAGAAGACGAUAUUUUCAAGAUAACAGCGUUGGAUUUCGUCAAUACCUCGUUGUUGACUCAGAACGGUUUAACCGCCGCGUUUUUCAACGCAACAGACAGUUUGGACGAGAAGAAGAGUGUGACCGGAGACUCAGUUUGCGAUUUUAUGAUCGAUUAUUUGCAAAACAUCCAGAAGAGUCCGGAUUACUUAACGAAUCCCGUCCAGAAGAGUAUACUUAGGGUGUUUUCCACAUUGUGGUCAACCGGGAGGGAGAACCUGGUCAAGGACAUUUACAGCUUGAAGAGCUUUUGGCCUCUGUUAACGGACCCCUUGUUCCAUCCUAGAAUCAAGGACCCGGAAGUCUACACCCACAUAAUGACGAUAGCCACCAUACACAUAAUGGAAUUUCAGAAGAACGUCGAUAAGAACCUCAAGCAGGUGUUGACGGAUUUCUUCAAGAACGAAACGUUGAUAAAGGAAUGGAUCGGUUACAUCAAGUCUGUACUAAACACUUAUAUAGACGACGAUCAAUACAAGGAAGCCUCGAAAUUCAUUUUAGCCUGGAAGAAACUGGUGAUCUCCAUCAAGACUUACAUACCCGAAGUCAUCACAUCGGACUCUGUCAAAUGCAACCUGAUCCACUCCUGUUUGAAGGGGAUAAUCUGGAAUUUUUCUAUAAUGUUGAACAACGACAUCUUAACAGAUUUCUCGGACUUAUUCCUGAUCCUCAUAUUCACCUGGCCGGACAGCUACAAGUCGGAGAUAGAGACCGUAGAUCUAUUGACGACAGUCCUACACACUUACGUCUCAAAUUGCAAAUUCCCAUCGUGUCACAACCGUGAAGUCUUCCUGACCAUCGCCCAUAAGACCAUCAAGGAUUGCUGCGAACUGUUGCAGAGCAACCCUAGCCUACUGAACAACCUCUUGAAAUCCAUCGGGUUGAUGUUGGAUUCCGAAUACAACAACUUAUGUUCCAACCACGAAGAUUUAACAUCUAAGAUCAGAUCGAUCAUGUGUUGGGUGUUGGUGGCUCGCGUUGGGGACUCGGUUUUGUGUCUGAAAACCGUCAAACCCUUCUCGACGUUCUUCAAGUACCACCAGUACCUCACCAAGAUGCUGGAUUCCAUCCGUCUGUUACUCAACGACGUCCACACGUUACCCAUGGUCAAGAUGCUGCUGAAGACCCUGAUCCACUACGCGGAAUCGGACAUAGCCAUGGAUUUCCUGACGGAAAACUACACCGUCAUCUACGACAUCAUCGAAAACGGAAAAUCCAUAUUUCCCAACUCCAGCAAGGAAGAGCUACCGGUGAACCUCAAAGAGUUGUGGAUCCUGUACGCGAUGGUCAUAAAACUGAACCACAUCCUGCUGAACAAGUUCGGGGAGAAGGUGACGGAGUCGAACUUCACCUUUUUGAGCGUUUACGACCGGGUGAUCUCGCAGAUGAUAUGCCUGCCCGAGUAUACGGUGGAUAACAGGGCCCUGGACCUAUCCUGCGAGACUCUGCUCUUCGUCGAUAAAAUGCUGGACUGGGCCGAGGUUUGGUCCAUCAAGAGCAUGGGUUCGUUCACUCUGAUCGUCACGUCGAUCAAGAGGGUCCUGAACUGUUGCAUCUCCUCAGUUUUACGACCGGAAAACAUCCAUUUCUACAAGAUAAACAAGCUGGGGAAAUUAAACUUCGUUUACGAAUCCGCCAAUCAUUUAAUAGCCAAGGUGGUGAACAGGCUGUUGGAACUGUCCUGUCUGGCCUUCCGUUGCCUCAUCAAGUGCAACCCUUCCAUGGACCAAUUAUUCUCGGUGGAAAAACCAAAAUGCGCCACCUAUUUAUUGGUGGAAUACGAUUUUACCAUACCCAAAUUCGACGUUCCUAUCGGUGAAGAUCUGACCUACGGAAGACUGCUGUGCAUGAUCUAUUUCCUGUGCAAGACCCUAAACAAGGAGUUCUCCAAGACCCCCACAGCAGACUCCCCCAGCGUCCGAUCCAAGGAGAUCUUCAACACCGAGAUAACGAAGGAGAAGAGCCUGGGGGAGAUCUUCGGUAAGUUCACACUGUUCGAUGAGGAUUACAUAGGUUUCAUCGAGUAUCCGAGGAGUUCCAAUCACAUCCUUCAACCGGUCAAACUUAGCGCUUUCUUGCACUACGGUGAACAGGUGAAUUCUGAACCGUGGAUCAAAGACAUCUCCAAGGAAAAGGUACAGACGACUCUAGAGUAUUUGAUGUCUUUCCUAGCCGUUCAGGUGUUCUAUCACAUCUACACCUUGCAAAAACCUCAACUGCACUAUUUCAAAAGAGAAUUGUACUCGGAACUACAAUUUUUCAAUGAGUACGCGAAAAAAUUGGCCACCGAAGAAUACAACAAACAAUCGUCCAAACGAAGGUCGGAACCUCAAAACACGGAUGUCAUCAAUAGAUUACUGAUAGAAUUAUUGGAUAAUAAUAAACUUAAAGAUGUGGAAAAAGCGAGCGAUAAAUUUUUCCUACUGGGUAUUUCCAAGUGGUUCAUGAACAUUUGUCAGUUAUCUUAAAAAACCUGUAUAAUAAGCUUUUAUUGUUAAUGUAAAAUUGAAUAUUUUUCUAAAAACGACUGUUUUAAAAUAAAAUAACGUCAAAAACAA